AUGGCAUUAUUAGAGGGCUCUAAGUUUCCCGAAGGCAUAACAUUUCAGUAUAUUCCAAUCGACAUAUCAAAUGUGUCAGAAUUAAAUCCACUUAAAUGUGAAAUUCCAAUAAAAUUAGACAUGGAUAAAUUAUUGGAAUCAUUAUCCAAUCAACCUGAUAGAUACAUCCUUAUAGUUUCAAUAAGUGGCGCAUACACACCCACUUGUGGUUCCGAACAUGUGCCAAAAUUUUUAAGAAGUCUCCAUCAACUCAAGGCGAAGGAAGUUGGUGCUUUAAUAGUCAUAUCCAAUAACGAUCCAUUUGUAAUUUCAUCAUGGGGCAAACUUUUAUUAAAAGAACAUUUACAUGAUACAAAAGACAUUCCUCAAUUGAUUUUCGCAUAUGAUGUGAACUUAAGCUCAAAAAACGGUUUAACAAAUGAUAGUUCGGGAUUUGUAAGAAAUUCAAGAUAUGCAACUUUAAUUGAUUCUAAAACUAGGAAAAUAGUAUAUUUGGGAGUUGAAACUGAGAGGAAAGUUAGUGUUUCAGGUUAUGAGGCUGUAGCAGCUCGAUUAUAA